AUGCACAACAAUGAGUGCAACUUUUAUAGAUUAUUCACGGAACAUCACGUUGAAGGCUUUAAGAUUUUAAAGGUCUAUUCACUUAAGGUACUGUUUCUUAUUUUUGUUUAAAAUUUUUUUUUCUAUUAUAAGUUAGUUUUUUAUUGAAUCCUAGGGUUUUUAUUCUUUUUUAAAUUUUAAUUUUAGCACAUAGACGAAGAUUUUUCGAUAUCACCACACAUUCUUAUGGAUUUUUGUCCAAACACAGCUUCUGUUCAUUUGAAAGAUACUCUUAACCAAGGACAAUUAGAAGCAAUUGCUGAACAAAUAGCUCUUAUGCAUAGUUACAUUAUUGGGAACGACGUGUAUAUUGAUGAAGAUCUCUUUAAGCCUUUUGAUUACAAUAACUCAUUUUCUGAAGAAGAGGCGGAAAAAUUUGGAUUUUUAUUAAACACGAAAGUUGAAGAAUGUGGAGAUGGUAAGUUAUUAGUUUGUAAAUCUUAUAGUUUUUUUUUGUAUUAUGAAAUUAGGGAAAUUUCUUUGAGGAUAUACUUAAAAUGUGAAAAAUAUAAUAUUUUAGAAAUUUUAAUAGAGAACUACAAAAAAUGCAAAUAUAUUGUGGAUAAUAAGAAGUUUUUUGAAUACUGUAUUAAAAAACAUCAUUUUGAUCUCAAUAUAAAGCCAGUUUUGUGUCACGGUGAUUUGUGGGCAAACAACGUGUUAUUUGAUAUUGAUGACGAUGGAAAGAUUAGCAAAGAUAUUGUUGCUUUUAUUGAUUUCCAGUUGGCUAAUGUUGGUAUGUUCUCAAAAAUUUUCAUAGUAUUUAUUUUUUCAUAUAUUUAUAAUAGGUUCAUACAUCUAAAUUUUCAUUUUUUAUAUAUUUUUAUAAUUAUGAUCGUCAUAAGCAUAUAUAGUAAUGAUAAGGUAAUAUUAUUAUGUUAGGUAAUCCAGCACAAGAUUUGACUCGAAUCUUGGUGAUUAACUGUGAUGAAGAUGUUAGAAGAGCAAAUGAGCAACAGAUAUUCGAGUUUUAUUACGAAAAACUUACGUUUUAUCUGAAAAAGUACAAUAGGAAACCCCCGUUUAGUUUCGAAAAAUUGCUCUUGGCUUCAAAGUCACAACAUGUUGCUCAAGUAAGUUAUACAGUUUUCUAGUUAGAAUAUACGUUAUUUGAAGGUUUUCGUCUUAUGAAUAGGGUUUAAGGCUGUAAGAAAGAUUAUGCUUGAUUUAAUGUUUGUCCCACCUUUGUUAAGGUAAAUUACUUAUAUGAAGAUAUAUAAUUACCAUAGAAUAAAAUAGAUAAUGAAAGUUAAAUAAGUUAAAUGAAUUAGUACAAAUUUUUAAGUACCUCACGAGGCUGUUAACAAAAAGUUAUAUUAACAAUAGAGUCUAAACAUUUGUAGUUUAUUUAAAAUCAGACUUGCCUACAAGAUAAAAUAAUAUUAUUUUAUAGUUAAACAUGUUUUUUUGUAUGGGUUGACUUAAAAUGUUUUAAUAUAGGUUAGGGGUUCCAUAGGUAGAAGUUCAGAACCAUGCUCAAAUGUCAGGAGCAGAGCACAACUUCAAAUGGUUUUUAUGAAGAUUGGAUGUUGAUUAAACGUUUUCUUGUAAAAUUUAGAAAUUGAUAAUUUGUCAGCUGAAAGUUUGGUAAUUAUAUAUUUUAAGCAUUAAUACAUAUUUUAUUAAAUUUAUGCAGGUUGUGUCAAUUUUUUUGUUAACGUAUUUUGUGAUUGCAGUUUGAAUUCUAAAUUGAAAGACUACGCUGUUUGGCUUAACACGCGUUUUUUAAACUUAACACACAUUUUUAGACUUAGCAGAACUUUUAGGCUUGGAUACAAUUUUAGGCCUAACACACAUUUUAGGCUUAGCGCACUUUUUUUAGUAUUAGUAGACAUUUUGAGAUUUAACACAUAACGUUUCCUAAUCGUGUUCAUUGUCAUCACAAACACAUGCUUAACCUUACUUCUUCGUCGUACUUCCCCCUUGUUUGUACAUGUGCUUAUUGUAGGAAAUUGUAGAGUUUGUGGUUAAUUAUUGCGUUUUUAGACCAUUUUCAGUUUGUUUUUUAUUGCCUUCCUGUUCGAAGCACCGGAAAAACAAAAGUAUCGGCCGUUGUUCAUUCGUCGUGCUCGUUACAUUUUCGAAGAUUGUUACAACAUUGCUCACAAACACUUUGCUCAUUUGUUAACUUAA